GCCCGCCAUUUUGAUACGCUCUGCGCUCUGUUGUCUAUAAUUUCAAUAGAUCGUCUUUAUGGCAAGGUUUUCCCGGAGGAAUAAUUAUGUAUAAGGUAUUUUAAGAUGGAUUCUUGGUCGAAUCUGUGUCGGUGCUGUCUAUCUCCCGAAUCUUAUGUGUCACUUUUGAAUUACGACGAACACGUUAAUGAGCAGUUUUUGGAAACCACAAGUAUUGAGGUGAAGCAAGAUGAUGGAUUACCUCACAAUCUGUGCAAUAAUUGUUAUUCACUUAUGAUUUCAGCAUAUGAGUUUCGGUUGCAAUGUACAAAAGUAGACAAAGAAUUGAAACUACAGCUUGAAACAACAACAUUAGAUCAGAAACAAAUUGAAAACUGCAGCCAAAUUGAAACCCAAGUAAAAUCAACUUCAAACAUGACUAUCGAGGACAUUGCGAAGGAAUCAAUGAAACAACUAGAGAGUUUAAUAAAACAGGAACCAAAUGAUGAUAGUGAUGAUGAAUUCUACUAUGUGGUUGUUGUUGAUGAACCAGAAGAUGCAACAAAUGAAGAUGCUGAAACAAAUAAUGGAAUUGCAAUAGAGUCUAAUACUCAAGAUGUUGACAACUUUCAAGAAGGAAAUAUGGAAGUUGAUGAUGAAAACAAUUUUAUGCAGUACCAGAAUAAGACACAUAGCACUCAAUUUGAAAACAAUAUUGAGUCAUUCCUAGUUUCAAAUCCAAAAGUUCCUAUGAAUGUACCAGCUACAAUUCUCGAAAAUGAAGAGGGUCAAGACAUUAAUGAUAACUUUGAUAAUAUUAUUAUGGAUGUGAAUGAAGUUAGUCAACCUUCCCAAGAACAAAAUCUUUCAAUAAUUGAAGAAACAGAUAGUCAAUAUUCAAUUGCAGGGGACAUAGUUAACAAUUUAUCAAACAAAAAUUACAUUAAAAUCCUUACCCCAUCUGGUGCUGAGAGGACAAUACUUCUUAAAGGUGAAGAUGGUAUUAAAUAUGUGACAGAUCCUCACAUGCUGAAAAUGGAUGAAGAUUCUGCUCCUGAAGAAGUGAUAUUUUAUGAAGGUGAUGAAUCUGAUCUCCAAAUACUGAAAUGUGAUGCUUCCGAAUUAAUCAUAGAAUAUGCAGAUGACAGUCACAUAGCCACAGUGAUACAACAAGAUGAUGGGACAUUUCUUUGUGAAUGUGGUGAACAGUUUGAUGACUUAGGGCAGUAUCAAAAUCAUCAACUAAAACAUACCCAAACUGAGGAAUUCUUGUGCAAUUUAUGCGGUAAAGGGUUUGAAACAUGUGAAAUUCUAGCAGGACAUAUGAUACUUCACAGCACAACAGGAUUCUUUGUUACAUGCCCAUUCUGUGACCAAGAUGUUAAAAGAAACACACUUACACAGCAUAUAAAAUACACCCAUAAUAGUAAACCGCAAUGUAAUUUGUGUAAGAAAACUUUUGCCAACCAAAAUAAUCUCAAACGUCAUAUGAUGAUACAUAGUGGUAUUAAAGACUUUGAAUGUGACAUUUGCCAAAAAAGAUUCCAUCAAAAAAUCACAAUGCAAACACAUAGACUAACACAUGUCAAUCCAUUUACAUGCUAUCAAUGUGGUAUUAAGUUUGAAAGCAAACUUGCUUUAGCAACACAUAAAGGAACUGAAGAUUGUCAAAAAUUGAGAAAAUCAAAGGUCAAAGAAGAAUUAAUGAAGACAGUGAAGCAAGAAAUACUGACUAAUGCUGGCAAGUUGUUGGGUUUUGCUUGUUCAUUAUGCAAGAAAAUGUUUUCCGUUGAGUCAGCUUUGGACCAACACGUUGAAAAUAAACAUCUACUUGAUAGUGAUGAUGGGAGUGGGGAAGGAAAAUUUAAAAAGAAUUUAAAAAGGUUUGAUUGUUUAAUUUGUGGCAAGGGAUGUGCUAGUCAAGCAAUGUUAAUUAUGCAUGAACGGGUCCACACAAAUGAGCGCCCUUUUCCCUGCCAACUAUGUUCAUUAAGAUUUAAGACUCGGACACAUUUGAGAACACACCAGUUAACACAUACUAGGGAAAAAAAGUUUGGUUGUUCAGUUUGCAUGAAAUUCUUUGCGCUAAAGGGUAAUUUGGUUGUGCACCUAAGAACUCAUACCGGGGAGAGACCAUAUGUUUGUACAAUUUGUGGUGAAGCCUACAUCGACUCAAAAUAUCUUAAGAAGCACAAACAAAAAAAGCAUGCUAUAGAAAAUGUACCAUGGAAUAAGUAUGAAUAAUAGCAUUUACAUUAUUCAUAUAUAUGUAAAUAUUAAAUACUUGUAAUAAUUUAUCAGGCGAAAUUGUAAUCCUUUAUGUUAUGCAGUAUUUUAAACAAUCAAAUUUUCAACUUUUAUAAUAAGGGAGGUGCUUGUGCACUGCAUUUACUAAAUUAAUGUUAUAAAACAUUAACAUCUUAUUAGAAUUUGUUGAUAUUUGUAACAGGUUUUAAAAUACUUUACAGUGAUAAUCUAAACAUUCGCAAGCAUUUGUUACAACUUUUGACAAAAUGUCUACUACGAUUUUAUAACUGUGGUGUAAAAAACACAAAACGCAUAGACAGCACCAUUAUACACACUUUAAAUUUUCAUAGAUAUAGUACUAGGUCCUUUUAAGACCUAAUUUCAUGAUAAUAUUUUCUAAUUAAAGUAUUUUUGAGGAUUAUUGAAAAUACAUAGUUUUUUAUAUAAAGACUGAAGCCUGUUGAAUGGAGGUGUUUUUUAUAGUUCUUCAAGCUAGAUGUAGUUCAUCAUGUGACUAUUUAUUACAAUAAUUAGCUAUAAUAAUGUGUUAUCAGAAAUAUUGUAAUUUUAACUGAGUGACAAUGGUCAAUCCAAAAGUGACAAGUUACUUAUUGGACAGCGAACUAGGUAAAGACAGGUGCAGUCACAUUGAUUUAAUUUUAAUAAUAAAGUAAGCAUUAUGAUAUUUUGUUUUCUUUUGUUGAAAUAGGG